UCAUUUUCAUUUGAAGUAAUGUAAAAUUACAAUAUAAACUGCGAAAAAGAAGUUUUGUGAAUAAAACGAGAAAAAAAAUGAGUGUCUUUAUUGCACUUUUUCGUUUUGUAAUUUUUUUACUUGUAUGCAAACUUUUAAUAAGAUUGUAUCAUUUUAUUAAUUAUUGCAUUAUCGUGAAUAAAAUUCCAGGACCAGUUUCAUAUCCUCUCUCAAUUUUUGCAUUACCAUUUGCAUUUCUUCGAGUUACAAAAGAAGAUCGAUUCGCUGGAUUCUAUGAAUUAUGUCAAAAAUACAAAAAGGGUAUUUUCAGAACUAGCGAAGCUUUUGAUGAUGUAGUUGUAAACAUCUUUAAGCCUGAAUUAUUGGAGGUAAUUUUGUCGAGUAAUAAACUUAUAACAAAAGCUAAACUUUAUGAAUUUCUUGAUCCUUGGUUUGGUGAAGGAAUGUUAACAUCAACAGGAGACAAAUGGGUACAAAAAAGAAAAAUUAUCAGUCCAUCUUUUCAUUUUGAAAUUUUGAAUGGUUUUACAAAUAUUGUCUUAAGAAAAACAAAAAUUCUGGAACAAGUGAUUGAAGAAAAUCUUAAAGUUGAUCCAAAGAAACCAAUGGAUUUUGCAACACUCGCUAUUAGAUUUUCAUUUGACACUAUUUGCGAAACAAUAAUGGGUAUAAAUCUAGAUGUUCAGAAAAAUUAUGCCUGCGAUGGAUAUUCAGAUUCAGCUCACAGAGCUGGUGAAAUAUUAAUUAAAAGAAUAAAUACACCCUGGCUACAAUGGGAUCCUAUAUUUUUCAAAACAAAACUUGGCGAUGAUUUGAAAUUAGCUGCGAAAACUAUAAAUACAUUUACGUCUCAGUUAAUUAAAAAGAAAAGGGAAGCUCGAAGACUUGAGGUUAAAAAGAUUGUAGAAACUAAUGAUCCCGAUGACUUUGAAAAACGAGAUAAAAAACCGUUUUUGGAUCUUAUUUUGGAUAUACAAGAAAAAGAUAAGAAUUUUUUGAACGAAACUGAAUUGGUAGAGGAAGUAAAUACAUUUUUGUUUGGUGGCUAUGAUACAGUGGCUGCUGGAAUUGGUUGGGUCAUGUUUCAUCUGGGUAAUGAACCUGAAAUUCAAGAAAUAGUCCACCAGGAAUUAGAUGAUAUUUUUGGAAAUUCAAAAGAACCAGCAACAAUGAAUCAAGUCCUGGAAUUGAAAUAUCUUGAUCGUGUUAUUAAGGAAAGUUUUCGCAUACAUCCUCCAGGUCCCACUGUUGCUAGACGCUUAACUGAAGAUAUUGAAUUAGGUGGAUAUCAAGUUCCAAAAGGAACAGUGGUUCAUUUACAAAUAAUAGUAAUGCAUCGAGAUCCGGAAGUUUGGCCAGAUCCAUUUAAAUUUGAUCCUGAUCGUUUUCUACCGGAAAAUUUACAAGACAGGCAUCCUUAUGCAUUCAUUCCAUUUAGUGCAGGUCCAAGGAAUUGUCUUGGUCAAAAUUUAGCCUGGGUGGAAUUGAGAUUUGUUCUUUCUUCACUUUUGAGAAAAUAUCGUGUUAAAAGUGUACGAAAACCAGAAGAAAUGAAAGAAAUUUGGAGUGCCACUUUAUUACCAUUUGAAGGGAUUCCCAUGCAUUUUAUUCCCAAAUAAUAAUUCUUUCUUUUAUUUUGGGAAAUAAAAUUUUUAAUAUCCAUAUUUCUUUAGUUACGGAAAGUGACGUCUGAAAUUAAAUUAAAAUUCACACGUCCUGGAAAUAUCAAAAGAGAAAUGAUUCUUAUAAAAAAAAAAAAAAUUAAUUCAAGACCUCACAAGAGUAUAAUUAAAAUGAAAAUAUAUUUGUUUAAAAAACAAUUGUUACUUACAUGCACAUUUUCAUAAAACUACACAAAAAUGAAUUGUCAUUAGAUACCUAAAAUUAAAUUAAAUUAAAAAUAAAACAGGAACUAAUUGACAAGCCAAAUAAUUGAAAUCAGUUCCGCUGUAUUUUCUUCCAAGUGUUCUACAAUAAAAUUUCGAAUUUCGAAAACAAAAAUAAAGGACCUAUUCGAAAUUGGAACCGCAA